AAUUUUGGAUUAGAAAGAAAAGGAAUUCUUGUGUCGGCCCAACACAGCUAUCGAAUCGAUCAACAUGAAACCCUCAAGAAACUCCCUACACUAAAGAUUAUGACCAAAGAAACCCAUUAACCUCCCAUAUAUGAUCAUUAAAAUUAUUAUUAACAAAUAAUAAUGGGAAAUUGUGUGUUCAAAGCAGGGUUAGGAGAGUCAGAAAUAGAUGCGGUCAAAGUCAAAGUUGUAACCUCAAGCGGCGGCAUAAUGGAGCUCUAUGCUCCCAUAACGGUCAGCUCCAUCACCGACGAGUUCCCAGGCCACGCCAUAUUCCGUAGCCGGGACCUCUUCUCCGAUCCACUCCUCCACAGCGAGGAGCUCAACCCUGGUGAGCUCUACUAUCUCUUGCCUCUCAACCCUUACAAUAAUUAUAAUAACUACAAAACGACGUCGUCCGCCGCAAACGACGUCGUUAAUAGUGUCGUUGCAACCCCGUAUCGGAUGUCGUCGUGCGGCGGUGAUCAUCAAGGACAAGGGAAUUCGAAUCUGAUGAUGACAAUGAUGAUGAGGAAGGGUAGGGCCGCCGCGGCUGCACCGGAUGCCGAGGUGGUUCCGAGGUACAACAGCAGUGGGGUUUGGAAAGUGAAGCUGGUCAUAAGCCCUGAGCAGCUUUCUGAGAUUCUGUCCCAGGAGGCUCGGACUGAGGCUCUUAUUGAGAGUGUACGGACGGUGGCCAAGUGUGGUAACGGCGGCGGCGCCUCCUCUGUGGCUAACUCCGAUCAAUGUAGUGUGUCUAGUAGUUGGAAGGGAUCAGUCAAUUGAUGUUUAGAUUUCAUAAUAAUCUUCAUUCUAGCUAGUAGACUAGUACUAUUAAUUGGCUUCUUUUUAUUUUAUUUUAAUUAUGUGUCUUUAUGUAGUUAUUUAUUUUCAAACUUAUUUUAGUAUAGUGUUGUUAUAUACAUAAUUUGUGAAAUAUUAAUUAUCUAAUUUAUA